CUGGGAAUAUAGGAGUGACUGGGGGGGGGGGUCUUCUUACAGGAAGCAGAAUUACUGCCAGUGUUUUGCCAUGAUCUCACUGACACUGUUUGUUUAACACAAGCAGCUCUUUUCCACUCAGCAGGCUCCUUGCUUUGUGAUGUGAUCGAGCGACCCGGAUAGAGAAAUGGCGAUCCGGUAUAUCAAGCUGAAGUACCUGUGGAUUUACGUCUUAAAUUAUGAGAAACUAUAGAAGAAAAGUAAAAUGGAGACUCAACAUGAUCAGUCUUGGACAGAAUUGCACAAAUCAGCCUUUUCGACUGCGUUAGAGAGCGCUGCUUUCUCAGCCAACGGCUCGCUGGACGCCAGAGGAGAGGAUCGCCUCGACCCAGAGGCCAGAAGUGACCUGUUUGAAAAAAAUGGCGACACAUCGAAGCUUCGGAGGAACUUUGUAUGUGUUGAAUAUGCCAACAUCAAGCUUGUGGACGACGUGCGCUUUGAAGAGUCCCGACAUGCGUCAACAUCUCCCAGAGCGUUUUCGCCGCCGUCAGACCGGGACGGCUCCCAGACAGUCCACCAGACCCUCGACUCGAACUGUGAAGAUGAAAAGAGGCGCUUCAAAGCUCCGGCAGCCGUCUCGAAGGUGGACUCCGGGUCGGCCUGCUCGGCGCACGUGGUCAAGUACAAGCAGAGCUCCAUCACCUUCUCCGGCUCCGACGGCGGCCCCCUCGUCAACGGGAGCGCAGAGGACGGACGAUCGUCACAGGAGGGGGGGAGAGAGGAGCGGGAGGAGGAUGAGGAGGACGUGUUCCCGGAGCUGUCUCACUGUGAAGGUCCUCAUGUGGAAAACGCCGGAGACGAGCCGAAGAGGAGGAGGAGACCCGAGCAGGAGGCCGCCGAGGACGCCUGCACCGAACAGGAGUCUCCUCUGGUUAAGUCUCCCUGGUCAGAGUCAAUGAAUCAGCUGAUGAGGAAGCUGGAUCAGCUCAAUCUGGACAUCGAGGAGGCUCUGAGUGAGAGCUCGUCGCCCUCCAACACGCCCAGCGUCACGCGCAGGAAACAGUGGGGUGCUGGUUCCAAGUCCACGGCGGAGCCAAACCCGGGCGACCGGGCUCCGGGGAGAGGGGAAUGUCCCAACAGAGACGGGUCUCCGGCUCCACGCAGCUCCUCAGUGGGGACCAGAAGCAGAUCCAAGACCACGAUUUUCAAUAACAUGAUCAGCACCGCAGGGGCAGAGAUUGAAGCGAAAGAGGCGUGUGACUGGCUGCGGGCAGCAGGAUUUCCCCAGUAUGCUCAGCUCUUUGAAGACUCCCAGUUCCCCAUAGACAUCACUCCUGUGAAAAGAGAUCAUGACUUUCUGGACAAAGACCUGGUGGAGCCUCUCUACAGGCGACUUAACACUUUGAACAAGUGUGCUUCUAUGAAACUUGACGUGAAUCUUCCAAAGAAGAAAAGUGAAGACUCUGAUGAAGAAGACCUGUUUGCUAUCAGUGACAAAUGGACCUUUGAGUGGAGCAGCCGGCGUUGGUCCAGAUUACAAGACAUCGACUGUCUCCUGGGAAACCACUGCGAGGCUCAGAGCUCCGGGGACGGCGUUCCUCUGAGAGCCACCACCAGCAGCGAGAGCGUUCUGACGGACCUGAGCGAGCCGGAGGUUUCCUCUCUGCACAGCGAGAGCAGUGGAGGCAGCGGCCACAGAGCCCUCAGCACCGAGGACUCGGACUGCUCUCACCGAACCUGCUCGGACUCCGCAGCAAUGCCAGACUCCACGUCUGUGACCAUGCCUCACAUCCCCAAAGAAUUCUCUCAGUACGGCUCCCUGCCGGGGAAGCACGGCAAGACGAGCCGGAUCCGAGCCAAAGACUUCCUGAAGCGCAUGGAGACGCUGAGCUCCAGAGGAACUGUGGGAAGGAGCCGGAAGAUGGUGGUCAUCAGCUCCCCGGUGCUGCAGGAGGAGGCCCAGGCGCUGAAGACGCUGCGCUGCGUAGAGAUCAUCAACGGAGACGGCGGCACCCCGGAGCCGCCAUCCAGCAAAGUCCCUCCAUCCCAGUGCGGCAGUGAAGGGAGCAGCCACUCCAGCGGCAGCACCGUCAGCACGCCCAGCAUGAAAGAGCGCAAACCCCACCGAGCCGACCACAAGCGCAGCGGCAUGUAUUUAGAGGACGUAGACAUCUUUUCCAGCACUCAGAUAAAUAACGUCGCAGAACAAAACCGCAGAAAUGAAUUCUGCUCGUAUGAAGACCUGGUGGUCCACAUUCCCAAAGACCACAAGCCUGGAACCUUCCCAAAAGCGCUCUCCAUAGAGAGCCUGUCCCCAACCAAUGGAGCCUCCAUUAACUGGCACACUGGCAGCAUGCACUUGGACUCCCCGAUCAUUUCCUGUAAGAAGGAAAGCCGGCCUGCCGCUCAGUGCUGCUCCAGAGGAAGCCGCAUCAGCGUGUACGACAACGUUCCCGGAUCACAUCUGUACGCCAGCACAGGAGACCUGAUCGACCUGGAGAAGGAAGACCUGUUCCCUCAUCUGGACGACAUCCUGCUGCAUGUCAACGGUCUUCAGCAGAUCGUGGACCACUGGUCAAAAAACGUGUUACCAGGAGGAGAAGGACUGGCGCAGGUGGACAGAGAGAAGGAGGCUCCCGGCGGCCUGCAGUCGUCCAGUCAGAUCACGCUGGACUUCGAGGGGAAUUCUGUUACGGAGAGCCAGACCACACCGAGUGACGGGGACAGGGACAGAGUGUCGCUGGCUGAGACCGAAUCCACCAGGCUCAGGGAACGGAGGGACUCAGGAGUCGGCGCUUCACUCACAAGACCCAACAGGUUGCGAUGGCCCAGUUUCCAGAUAUCCAAUCGUCUCAGUCACUCAGUGGCGUCCCUGCAGAUUACAAACCAGUCAGCGGGACAACUCAGUUUGUUACAGAAGUUUUCUUUACUGCGACUCACUGCAAUCAUGGAAAAGUACUCCUUGUCGAACAAACAGGGCUGGACCUGGGCUGUGCCAAAGUUUAUGAAGCGAAUGAAAGUACCGGAUUAUAAGGAUAAGAAUGUGUUUGGAGUGCCGCUCAUCGUACACGUGCAGCGUUCGGGACAACCCUUACCGCUUGGCCUGCAGCAGGCGCUGCGAUACCUGAGGAGCCAGUGUCUGGACCAGGUGGGACUGUUUCGUAAAUCAGGGGUGAAGUCUCGAAUCCAAGCUCUGAGGCAGAUGAAUGAAAGUUCUCCUGACAAUGUGAACUACGAGGAUCAGUCUGCGUACGACGUGGCCGACAUGGUGAAGCAGUUCUUCAGGGAUUUACCCGAGCCGCUGCUCACCAGCAAGCUGGGGGAGACCUUCCUCCACAUCUACCAGUAUGUGCCGAAGGACCAAAGGCUGCAGGCUGUGCAGGCUGCCAUCAUGCUGAUGUCGGAUGAAAACCGGGAGGUGCUGCAGACGCUGCUCUGCUUCCUCAGCGACGUCACUUCCUCCGUGGAGGAGAACCAGAUGACGCCCAUGAACAUCGCCGUGUGUCUGGCUCCUUCCCUCUUCCACCUCAACAUCCUGAAGAGGGACAAUCUGUCUCCAAGGGCCAUGCAGAAGAAGUAUGCCACUGGCAGACCAGACCAGAAGGAUCUGAACGAAAACUUAGCAGCAACACAAGGACUCGCACAUAUGAUCAUCGAGUGCAAUCGCCUCUUUGAGAUCCCUCAUGAGAUGGUCAGUCAAUCGCGAAACUCGUACGUCGAGGCUGACUUGCAUGCACCAACAAUUCACGAGCUGUGCAAGCAGCUGGAGGACGACGACGGAACGUACCAAACGCACAUGGAGGGGAGGCUUCAGAACCUGCUGAAGGAGGCCCGAGAAAAGUCCAAAUACUGGGUGUCGUGCAGCAGCUCCGACAACACAGAGCUCUAUUAUAAGAAGGUGGGAGACGGGAACCCUCUGAGACGAUGGAGAGUGAGCGUGGAGGUGGAGGCCCCGCCCUCCGUGGUGCUGAACCGUGUGCUGCGAGAGCGCCACCUGUGGGACAUGGACCUGCUGCAGUGGAAAGUGUGUGAGACUCUGGACAAGCAGACGGAGGUGUUUCAGUACGUCCUGAAUCGCAUGCCCCCCCAUCCCAGCAGGGAGUUCGUGGUCCUCAGGUCGUGGAGGACAGACUUGCCUAAAGGAGCCUGCUCCCUGGUGUCUGUCUCUAUAGAGCACGAGGACAGUUCUCCCAUCGGGGGGGUCCGAGCGAUUAUCCUGGAGUCCAACUACCUGCUGGAGCCCUGCGGCUCAGGAAAGUCCAGACUCACUCACAUCUGCAGAGUAGACUUGAAGGGAAGGACUCCAGACUGGUACAACAAAGCUUUUGGCCACCUCUGUGCUGCAGAAGCUGCUCGAAUCCGAAACUCCUUCCAGCCUCUGAUCACAGACGGUCCAGAGACGAAGAUCUGAAAGCGUCUGAGCCUCUGAGGCAGAGACAGGACCCCCAAACUGAAGCACAGCUUGUCUGGAAAUAUUAAGCUCCUCUGUACUUGCACAAUGACACAAGGGGACAUCUUAUAGGUGCUGAGCAUAAUUAUCCAAUGGGAAAUUAAUCAUCCUGCCAAUGUCUUCUGACAUUUUAAUUACCUUUUGUGUUGCUAAACCUGUAUGUUAAAUUUAUUAUCUUUAAUAAUAAUAAUAAUAUUGUUUUAUUGUUACUUCAUUCUACAAUGUCUAGGACAUUCGAGCUCUUUAAUGCUUCUGGGAAGCUUGUGUGUGUUAUUCACUUCAGAUUUAAAGCUAUAAUUAUUAUGAUGUACACUUAGUGUCUGUAUAUAUUCCUGUGAAUAUCCUGUAAAUGCAAACGGUGUAUAUACUGUACAUAUGUGAAAUGAUAAAUAAUUUGUAUGUUAAUUUCCUAUAUAUUGAUUGUCUCCCGGUGUCGACCCUCCUGUAACACAUGUGGUACAAAAGUGUAAGCUGGUUUUACUUUGCUUCAGUAUUGUCCUUUUUGAAAUGGGUGUAAUUUUAUUAAAAACCUCCAGUUGGUUGUGAAAGGAGCGACUUAAGGUUUGACUUGAUCAUGCCUGCUUUAGGGUACUGUCAGGAACAAAACACAUCAUUUUCUAAAUAAAAUAAAUGAAAACUGUU